AUCUGCGGUUUUGCAAGCUUUCUUUGGCAAGAUGCCGCCGCGAAAACGGCUGCGUGACGCCUCUCCAUCGGCAAGCGCGAAUAGCUCUUCGACGGGAAACAAGAGGCAAAAAACCAAGACGAAUUUAGCUGUUCCUCCUCGAAAGGCAACACUUUUCGACUCUAUCGACACCGUCUCCACACCAGGAGCAUCUACCAAGACUCGGUCUCCGGCAGAUAUUAUAGGCGUCAGCGACGGGGACGACAGCUCGCUAUCUUCAUUGUCAGACACGGAGUUCAAAGAUGUGGUCGCAGCAGCAGAUCGCAGCCUUGAUGUGGCCAACGAAGAUAGCGAUGGUAGUGAUGAUGACGACGAUGACAUCGAGUUCGAAGACGUCCAGGCUUCUCUUGCCCCUUUUGCCGAGGAUUCCGUGCCAUCUGGGGAUCUUGAGCUGACACUUGACAUGGACGGGAGGAUUUCGCUCACUAACGAGUACGGUAACAAAAAAGGGCCGUCCAAAAGGGAGCGCAUCACGCGCAAUGCGGUCCACCGAGUACAUGUCAUGUUCCUCAUGUGGCAUAAUGCCGUCAGGAAUUCGUGGCUGUGUGACGGCGAGGUCCAGGGACUUCUGCUCUCUCAUAUUCCGCCCCGGGUCUGGGAAGAAUACGAACGGUGGCGAAGGGCCUCGGCUCUCGACAAGGCCAGCGACACACCUGUGCUCACCUCAAAUGUCACUAAACCCAAGAGCAAAGGCAAGGGGACAUCCAAGGAGACGGUGAGACCGUCAAGACGCGACUGGGGCGUUGCGGCUCAACGGUUAGAGAGUGGAACUGUCGAUAUGAGCCACGGAGACCCGCUCUUCAGACUCAUGAAGGCAUUGUCUGCCUGGUGGAAGCAAAGAUUUUGUGUCACGGCGCCAGGCCUUCGAAAAGUUGGUUAUAUGUCACUUGAGCGUCUUGACCGCUUGACUAAAGGGUUUAAAAAUGGAGAGAAAAACACGGCAUUGUUCGGAGAACGUAUUGAGAGCCUGGACGAGUUUAGGCUCUGUGCUCAGAGCUGCACUGGUUCCCGAGAUGUGGGUGCCCAACUUUUCACAGCCCUGUUGCGAGGGCUGGGACUGGAGGCACGGAUGAUUGCUAGCCUUCAACCCCUAGGGUAUGGUUGGUCGAAAUACGAGGAUGCCGACCCCGAAGAACAGCGCAGUACGCAGCCACCUCCUGAGAAGACAACCCAGACCAAGCAACCUCCUCAAAGGAAGAGGAAGAAGAACGAAACUCGACAGCAACAUGGAUCCAGUCGAUCACAAGGAAAACAGAAUGGGGUUGUUGACGAGGAAGAUUCGAAUGAUGUCGAUGAUUUUGAACCACAAGAAGUGAAUAGUGAUGACGAAAUGGUUGUCGAGGUACCAAAGAAGAUGGUCUCGCAAGGCAAAACAUUCGACAAGGACCUCGAAUUUCCUCACUACUGGACUGAAGUGUUGUCUCCAGUUACACAUAAGUACCUGGCCGUCGAUCCGGUUGUCAAGUUUACCAUUGCUACCAACAGAGAGCUUGUCGAAAGUUUUGAACCCAGAGGUGGCAGGACGGAAAAAGCCAGGCAGGUCAUGGCAUAUAUUAUGGGCUUUUCGUCUGAUGGAACCGCCAAGGACGUCACGGUUCGGUACCUCAAACGACAAAUGCUGCCAGGUCGGACCAAGGGUUUUCGAUAUCCCAUAGAAAAGGUUCCUGUGUAUAAUCACAAGGGCAAAGUGAAGCACUAUGAGCACAUUGAUUGGAUAAAAUCCGUUCUUCGUGGUUACGUCAGAGGAGAUAAGCGGCACCCCAUUACCGAAGUGGAUGAGGAGGAGAACUCGACAGACUUACGACCGGCCAAGCACGAGAAAAAGGAAGUGAAAGAAGGCGACGAGACUCUGCAGUAUUACAAGCAAUCCAAAGAGUACGUACUCGAGAGGCAUUUGAAACGUGAAGAGGCACUUUUAGAAGAGGCCACGCCCGUGAAGCUCUUCAAAGUAAAGGGUAAAGGUGGAGAGUUUACGGAAGAAAACGUCUACCUGAGAAAAGACGUGGUUCAGGUGAAGAGUGCCGAGACAUGGCACAAGCAGGGAAGGGCACCCAAAGAGGGAGAGAAACCGUUGAAGAUGGUUCCAUAUCGUGCGGCCACGAUGAACAGAAAGAGAGACAUCGCGGCGGCCGAGGCGGCCACUGGACAGAAGGUGCUUCAAGGUCUUUACAGCAUGGACCAGACCGACUGGAUCAUUCCGCCCCCGAUCAAGGACGGGAUCAUACCAAAGAACGCAUAUGGAAACAUCGACCUUUUUGCCGAGCAUAUGUGCCCACAGGGUGCGGUGCACGUCCCAUUCCGAGGCGCGGUCAAGGUGUGCCGGAGACUUGAUGUAGAUUACGCAGAAGCUGUGAUCGACUUUGAAUUCGGACACAGGAUGGCGGUUCCAGUCAUCCAAGGUGUUGUCAUUGCAGAGGAGCACCACGACCGCGUUAUGGAGGAGCUGGCCAAGGACGAGGCCGAACGGGCGCGUAAAGAGGAUGCGAAGCGGACGGCGGCAGCUCUGGCCAUGUGGCGCAAAAUGCUCAUGGCUAUGCGCAUCACCAACAGACUCCGGGAAGAAUAUGGCAAUGUUGGUGACGGAGACUUGCACAUCAUCCAAACCAGCCGGGGCCGCGCCGAUGAAAGCACUCGCAAGUCCACAGAUGCUUCUGCUGGGUUUGACGAGGACACAGCCGGCGGAUUCCUGCCCGCAGGGUACGAAGACGAAGGCCAGGAGACAGCAUGGGACGCGACGGCUGAAGAUAAUGUGGCGGAGGACCAGGAAGCCCCUCUUGUCUCGAGCUAUUUCCCAGUUGCUGGGGAGGACGAUGAAGAUGAUGAUGACGACCUUGUGGUCGAGGACGCUCAGAUGGACGAUGCAACUUCAUCAGCUCUUGCUAGCGGGGCCGCUAUCCUUGGUACUACUGACCGUGCCAGCGAGCAUGUUGUUGUCUCUGAUGAUGAACAGCACCAAUCUGAUGCCCCAGAUUUGGAGGAUGUGGUUCAUUCCAAUGGGUCAAGUCGGGCCACGGUGUCGAAACGACGCCGAGCCACCAUCGAGGCUUCACCCGUUACCAGGGGGAGGCCAUCACGCCAGGCUGCCAGGAAGGCCAAUUCAAAACUGAGGCAAGUCGACUCGGAUACUGAAACUUAA